UGCCGGAGUUGAUGCACACACCUCUGGACGCUGCUGCCGAGCUGGGCCGUGGUGUCUCUCCAGCGCAGCCGCUUUUCACAGGGAUACCGUCUCGAUACGUGACUCCGAGCCCAAAGCUGCCCUGGCUCUGGAUCUGAGAGGGAGGGAGAGAGCGAGGAGGAGGAGGAGGAGGAGGAGGGGGGCAUAGCGCGGCACCCCGCCCGUCUCGCCUCAUUUGGACUGCAGGGAUAAGGACCUGGACCGUGAUAUCCCCGCGCAGAAUCCACGGAGCAGGUGUUCGGUGGCGGCGCUGUCACCACCAGCGGGCUUCGCCGUUUGCCUCCGUCCCGCAGCUCUGCGCCAAAGGUUCCAGUUGCCAUUGGAUAACAUGGAAUAAGAGCGGCAAACAUCGUGACUUUUGUGGAUAUCUUCAACUGCGUCAGUUCUGUUGUGAUGCAUGGAACAAACGCGCAGAUAUCCGGGGUCUAUGAGUAGAGGAGAUCGCCCCAUUAUUUUUAAGGCUCCUAUCAAGUCACGACAACUUCAAACUAACUCUCACUGUUGAAAUAAGAGAGUUUAAGAUGAGUCAGCAAGUCGAAAACAGCAAAAUGCAUCAUCACAUCAGCAGUCAAUAAGACUUCUUGGGCUUCUCGUCAACUUUUUUUACUUCUUGUAGCUGUUUCUUCACCAGACACAGACAUGCGUCCGUCCCUGGCCACAGCGGUCCUCCCACCCAGGACCCGCUCCCACAAUCCACCCAACCUGGCUGUGGGGGUUCGCGACCACCUGUCAGCUCCAAGAAGGCGCAGCCCCCACCUCCGGCACACCCUUAGCCCAGAGAACCUGCGGACCCUGGCAGAGAGGGGUGGGGCUGCUGUUGAUACUGCCUCUGUGAUCAGCAGUCCUAUAGGGCUUCCACGUGCAAACAGUGAUACAGACCUGGUGACCUCCCACAGUCGCUCCUCGCUUACAGCGUCCACUCUGGAGUACACGCUGAACCGGGGUCAGAACCUCGUCAUAUCCUGGGAUAUCAAGGAGGAAGUGGAUGCUACCGACUGGAUCGGGCUGUACCACAUAGAUGAAACCAAUCCAUCCAAUGUGUGGGACUGUAAGAACAGAGGGGUGAAUGGCACCCAGAAAGGUCAGAUUGUGUGGAGACUUGAGGUUGGGCCCUACUUCACUGAGCCUGAGACCAAGAUCUGUUUUAAGUACUACCAUGGAGUGAGUGGAGGCCUGCGAGCCACUACCCCCUGCAUCACUGUGAAGAAUCCAGCCAUCCUGGUGGAGGGGCUGGCAGAGCAGGUGGGCAUCGAACAUCCUCGGAAACUGAUCAGCUUCACAUUGACAGAUUUACGUGCCACUGGCCUAAAGAAGGGCAUGUUUUUUAAUCCGGACCCAUACCUGAAGAUGUCCAUCCACCCAGGGAAGAGGAGCGUCUUCCCCAUCUUCAGUCAUCAUGGACAGGAACGACGAUCAGCCAUCAUUGCUAACACCAUCAACCCUGUCUGGCAUGGAGAGAAAUACACAUUUGUAGCACUAAUGACAGACAUCCUGUAUAUUGAGGUAAAGGACAAAUUUGCAAAAAGCCGACCAAUCAUCAAACGCUUCCUCGGCCAGCUGACUAUCCCUGUGCAGCGGCUAAUUGAAAAGAUACCUGGUGUCCAGCCUGUGAGUUUCUCUCUGUGUCGGCGCCUGCCCACUGAACAUGUAAGUGGUCAGUUGCAAUUCAAAGUGGAGCUCACCUCAACCGGGCCUGAUGGUGCUUCUCCUGAUUCUAUCAUUGGCAAUUCAUCCUUAAACGGAGCACCAGGGACUCCAUCUGAUGACGAGGACCUGCCACAUCACCUUCCAGGAGUGGUUUCUGUGGGACUCUCACCUACCGGCUCCCAGGGCUCACAGGGCAUGUGGGAAGGUGGGGCCACGGCCUGCGCAGAAAAGGACCUGUCUUUUAUGGGCGCUGCGGCUAGAUUUGUGGGGCCUGUAAGCCUGUCGGGCCAUGAAAUGCUCCAAAGAUCAUUCAGUGAGGGCCUUGAUGCUAUUGAGGCCCCUAAGGGUCCUGGUGAAAGACCCUUGGGUGCAGCCUCACCCAGACUGCGCUCUAGCUUCCCCACACACACAAGGCUCAGUGCCAUGUUGCACAUAGAUUCAGACGAAGAUGAUGAGAGGUCGGGGGCCAAUGACAUCACUCCAGUGCCGCUCUCACCGCUACUGAUGAAUGGAGAAGCUUCAGAUGUUGACGGCCCAGAUGACGAUGACGCGUUUCUGGAAUUCCAACCGCCUGAGCAGCUCCAGCCCCCCGUGCUUGAAGAGGAGCCUGACGGUGCAGAUGCUAUGAUGGAUGACACAGCGCUUGAGGGGGAGGUGGAGGCAGGUCUUGACUUGGGGGAUGUUUUGGACCUAGAUGUAUUUUCUGAGGUAGAGGAGGGUCCAUUCACAGAGGCUGUGUCCCAUAAUGCUUUGCUAGAGAGUGUAGAGAUACUUGAGGAAGGAAGGAUGCCUGGCGAGGAACCCUCAUCAGAGAUUGAUACCUGCUCCAUGGCAACAGCCCCACAGACAGUCUUCUCAUCAUCAGAGAGCUGUCCGGUCACCCUGACCACUGCUGUGGAAGCGGAGGAGGGAGCAGAGACAGCCAUAGAUCCAGGGGGACAUGUAGUUUCCAGCACCUCACCAAUCCCGCAAGCUGUAGAUGAUGAAGGGGGUGGGCGAGCUGAUGUCACUGAGGCUGAAGGAGAAGCUCCGGCAGCCACCGCGCCGGAGGAGGUUGAGGAACUCAGUGUAAGGAGGCUCAGCCUCCAGGCUGCAGGGGGCGUGGCUGAAGAACCAGAAGGGGGGGCGACAAAGCCAAAUGAGGAGGCGGGGUCUUUGGAUUCAGAGCAAGAUGGAGAGGAAGGUGCCCAUGUCAACGGCCAUCCUGUACGUUCGCUCCCCUCUGUACGUCAGGACAUCCACCGAUACCAACGUGUGGACGAGCCUCUGCCCCCCAACUGGGAGGCUCGUAUCGACAGCCAUGGGAGGAUUUUCUUCGUGGACCAUGUGAACAGGACCACCACAUGGCAGCGUCCCACUGGACCUCCUGCCCCGCAGGGCCUCACCCGCUCCAACUCCAUUCAGCAGAUGGAGCAACUCAACCGCAGAUACCAGAGCAUCAGGAGGACCAUAACAAACACUGAUCGGACAGAGGAAACCCCUGUUGAGCCACCACCUGAACCAGAAAGUGACCUGAUGCCCCACUCCAUUUCUGAAUACAGACGAGACAGUGCAGUCGCUCACGGCAGUGGUCGCACGCGCCUCUCUCUCCUGCUGCAGUCACCCAGCGCCAAGUUCCUGUGCAGCCCCGACUUCUUCACCGUGCUGCAUUCAAACCCUAGUGCCUACCGCAUGUUUACGAGCAACACCUGCCUGAAGCACAUGAUCAGUAAGGUGCGGCGGGACGCUCAUUACUUUGAGCGCUACCAGCACAACCGCGACCUCGUCACCUUCCUCAACAUGUUCUCCAACAAGCAGCUGGAGCUUCCCCGAGGGUGGGAGAUGAAACAUGACCAAACUGGGAAGGCCUUCUUUGUGGAUCACAACUGUCGCUCCACGACCUUCAUCGACCCACGGCUACCCCUCCAGAGUUCUCGCUCGACUGGGCUGCUGGCCCAUCGCCAGCAUCUGAGCCGCCAGCGCAGCCACAGUGCCGGGGAGGUAGUAGACGACUCUCGCCAAACCAACCCGCCUGCCAUGCCCCGCCCCUCCAGCACCUUCAGUGGCUCCAGUCGGAGUCAGUUCCCCGAUGUGGUGCCUGUCGCCUACAAUGACAAGAUAGUGGCAUUUCUACGGCAAACCAACAUCUUGGAGAUACUGCAGGAGAGGCAACCCGAGCUCGCCAGGAACCACUCGCUCAAGGAGAAGGUCCAGUUUAUUCGCAGUGAGGGCGUCAGUGGGUUGGCUCGUCUCUCUAGUGACGCUGACCUCGUCAUGCUGCUGAGCUUGUUUGAGGAGGAGGUGAUGUCAUAUGUGCCGCCGUUACUUCACCCAGGUUACUGCAUCUCCUCUCCUCAGAGCUCCCCCGGCACUCAGCGAGCCAAUGCUCGUGCUCCUGCUCCCUAUAAGCGAGAUUUUGAGGCUAAACUGAGAAACUUCUAUCGAAAGCUGGAGACCAAAGGUUACGGCCAAGGACCAGGAAAAGUCAAGCUGAUCAUACGCAGGGACCACCUUCUGGAGGACGCCUUUAACCAAAUCAUGUGUUACUCCCGUAAAGACCUUCAGAGGAGUAAACUCUAUGUCAGCUUUGUAGGGGAGGAUGGACUGGACUACAGUGGUCCCUCCAGAGAGUUUUUCUUCUUGGUGUCCAGAGAGCUGUUCAACCCGUACUACGGCCUGUUUGAAUAUUCAGCCAAUGACACGUACACAGUGCAGAUCAGCCCCAUGUCGGCCUUUGUAGACAACCACCACGAGUGGUUCCGCUUCAGUGGGCGAAUCCUGGGGUUGGCCCUCGUCCACCAGUACCUGCUGGAUGCCUUCUUUACCCGACCCUUCUACAAGGGGCUUCUUCGCAUCCCGUGUGACCUGAGUGACUUGGAGUUCCUGGAUGAGGAGUUUCACCAGAGUCUUCAGUGGAUGAAGGACAACGACAUCGAAGACAUGCUGGACCUCACUUUCACUGUCAAUGAAGAGGUUUUUGGACAGAUUACGGAGAGAGAGCUGAAGCCGGGCGGGGCUGGCAUCCCGGUGUCCGAGAAGAACAAGAAGGAGUACAUUGAGCGAAUGGUCAAGUGGCGUAUAGAGAGAGGAGUGGCUCAGCAGACGGAGAGCCUGGUGCGAGGCUUUUAUGAGGUGGUGGAUGUGAGACUGGUGUCAGUGUUUGAUGCCAGGGAGCUGGAGCUGGUGAUUGCAGGCACUGCAGAGAUUGACCUGGCGGACUGGAGGAACAACACAGAGUAUAGAGGAGGUUACCAUGACAACCACAUAGUGAUUCGCUGGUUCUGGGCUGCUGUGGAGAGAUUCAACAAUGAGCAGAGGCUCAGGCUGCUGCAGUUUGUGACAGGCACUUCCAGUAUUCCUUACGAGGGUUUCGCCUCCCUACGGGGGAGUAAUGGACCUCGCAGAUUCUGUGUCGAGAAGUGGGGAAAAAUCACCUCCUUACCCAGGGCUCACACUUGCUUUAAUCGUUUGGACCUCCCACCUUACCCGUCCUUCUCCAUGCUCUACGAGAAGCUGGUCACUGCUGUAGAGGAAACGAGCACGUUCGGUUUGGAAUAACCUCAACACAGCUCACAUCCAGGUGUAACUUAAGACAGAGAAGCACCUGGACAUCUCUGGAAGGACAUGGAAAAUAAAACUAAUAUCCUCAAAUGGCAACUACCCACCCAUGGAUAACGCUGCAGUUUUUUUACAACUGGUUUUUCUUCACUCAGUACACAGGAUUCAUUCCAAUUCUCCGCCUCUCUCUUACAUUUUUGACAGCGACCCAUCACUUGAACACCCUCUGGAAGAAAGACGGAGAAUUGGAAAAUAGAGCGAAAAGCCGUACAGUGCAGUUUCUUGUUGUCAUGGUAACCUUUGUUCAUUAAGCCACAUGUGUGCUUUAUCUCUUCAGUUAAUGGCCUUGGUUACUGGAUUUUUUAGCAUCUCCCCUUCUCCUUCUCCUCCUCUUUCUCCACCCUGCAGCUCAGAGACAGCUGCUCGAAAGCUACAGCGCUCCCUUCUCCCUCCCUGGACCUCUAAACUGUGUCCUUCCUGCACUGAGGCUGCAGUGUCAUAAACUAUAACACCUAUAACACACCCACACACACACUCACACAUUAACAAACAUGAGAUAUUUUGUUAUGAUUGAAGUGCAAACCAGUGUUUCUCCCAAUAUUUUUUAUCAGCUUGGAAAUAUGACCUUCUCGACUUUUAAAUGGGUAUUCAAUGGAGCAGGAGAUACACUGGUGUGCACAAACACCCACUCACACACACAAGCAAGUAAACAAAUACAAAUCAGUUGACAAAACAGAGACUUGACAGUACCUGUUAACUGUUUUGAUUCUUUCAUAAGCAUCAGUAAUACAUGUAUGGACAGUGUCAGGACUGUUACCUUCACUACUGUAACAUCAGAGCUCUUAUCUGAGCAUGAGAGGUUAACACACAUCAGACGCAGCCUUGUUUCUGGAAACAGUCAACAAGGACGCCCAGUAUCACACACACAUACAAUACUACAGCAUUAUCCUUGCACCCUCCAGUUUAUUUUCGUACAGUGUCACAGAUGCACUCACUCCAGAUACAUGUACCGACACACUCCAGUCAGAUAGAAAUGCAGGGUUCCUGUCUUUCAAACUCUUCCACACAUUUAUCAUGAGCGACCAAUGCACUUUCUCUCCCACACAGACAGAUGACACCUGCUCAUGAGUAUGACACACAAGGUCCUGCUCACUGAUGCAAUCGCCUCCCACCCAGUGAAAGUGAUGAAUGUACCAAAUCAGUGACUGAAUGUAUGAACCUCAAGCAACUCUGCUCGGCCCCCGAGGAAGGGGAAUCUCACACAGGCUGGAGAGGAAACACAAAGUUGGAUGUGAAGUGAAAGGAAAUGAAAUAUGACGCAGUUGCUUGAGGAAGGAGGAGGCACUUGACCCGAUGUUGGCACCGGAUUAGGCCUUGUUAGCUGAAAGACAAACCUGGUGUCAACCUAGGUUCCUGUUCAGAGUGCAGCGGUGGGAUUUUUUUAGGACCUCUUGGGUUUUCCUGACUGUAAAGGGAAAUUUCACAAGGGAAGCUAUUUUAUGUCUGACCAGAUCCUCGUGUGUCACAAAUCAAAAGACGAUGAAACUGUAGGAGCUGCAGGUUAAGUUCCUUUUACAGAUAUCAACACAAGGGGGCAGUAAGGUAUGCUAAAGCAGAGAAGCAGUGAUUUGUCUGUGCUGAAUGACCUGACCAAGUGUGAGGAUGUAGUUGUCAGGAAAAAGAACUGACCUUUAGGGCUGUGUGGAUAUUAUAUUUUAGAAGUUUUGUCAUGACAGACAAUAGUUUUGUCUUUAAAGCCAGUGAAUCAACAUUUCUGUAAGUGCACUACCAUACCCCAAGGGACCCUUUCACUUCUCUCACACACUUUCCUACAUGCACACAAAAACACACACAUUUUCUAUGGGGUGCAUGCAAGAUUACACCUACUGUAAAAAGUCCUGUUGGAGCUUAAACACAGGGGCUGGAAUCAUGGUGAUGGGCCCCACAUGUGAUGCGAGAUGUGGGGGCAGACUUUUGUAUCCCAGUCCCCUCUCCCAGCCCAAUACUGCAUGUGGGAUCUUCUUGGCCAGCUCUGUGAGCCGAGCCAGGGCAGAAACCCCUAGAUGGCGUUGUGUUAUAGCUCGAUAUUGCAUGCUGAAAUAGUGCAACACACUGUCCUUACUAGCUUUUUUUGCAUGAGGAUAUUGCUACCCAUUCAGAAAAAAGGGUGAGGGAGUUGGUUAAGUUGUGUCACUUUGGUUGUGGCGCUUACUUGAUGCAUGCGGCCUUAUGCUUACCUGCCACUGUCAUACCUUGAGUGUAAAGCUCAUGGGAACAAGGUGUGGGAAAUCGGUGCUUCAGUCACUUAGUUUUAGCUCUGAUAAUUGACAAUGUGUGACUGCAAUCGUUUGUUUUCUCUAUGACAGUGUGAUGGCGAGUAUCUUGGCAGCAUGUUUCAAAAAUGUUGUUACUUUCAUAUGUGCACGUCUGCCUAUCUUAGUAAUAGGUCGAUGGUUAUGUUUCAUUGCUCAUGGUGAUGAAUCAGUGGGGCUGUUUUGAUUUUGUGAAAUGUGCGAGCACAUGUACGUGUACCAUGUGUGCGGUCCUGUUUGUCUCUUUGUAUAUAACUGUAUAUGUAUGUCUGUCCUGUUGUGUGUAUAAAUAUAUAUUUUGCACCGAAUGUACCAAAGGUUUGGGGCUUUCAAAGUCGACCAUUAGGCCUGCUCUCUAUUUCACGAUGUCUCACACACACAUCCUGCUCCUGGCUCCUGGCAAAUCCUGACAGAACGUCACUACAUGUUUGCUUGAGAAGCAGAUUUCCGGCAUGGGCAACAAUGCUUCACGUUAGCAUUGACAUUACUUGGUCAGUUUGACAUUUUCCAUAAUGAUGCUAAUCUGCUGCAAAAGACUGGUAAAACUGGUUACUUGCUUCACAGUCACACUGCUCUUCUUUCUUAGUACAUUUCUGACGGGACCCGGCUCCACUUUUCUGAUUUCCACUCUAUGCAAAGCUCCUGUGUGUGUGUCUCCAUUUCACCCCAAUGAUUGUAAUAAAAGAGAACAAAUGGCAAAUUUUGA